CUAGUAACCACAUGUGCACAGAUGGAAUCAUCACAAGAUCCCACCAACCAGCCACUGGCCAACCUCUUGGGAAAUGAGACCUCAAAUGAACCAACCUUACACCGGCGGAAAUCCGAUUCAAACAUUGGGAAUUUACCAACAUCCUCCCGCCCUGAUACCCCAAGCACACUUCAAAUGCGCGCACGCCGUCGCCAGUCUCAGAUCGGCAACCCUUUAUCACCAGCACCAACACCAACGACGACAACAUCGACUCACCAAGACUUUCCUGUAAAAUCCAUUUCGGCACUUAUCACACAACGUCAACAGCAACGGCAACUUAAACGUCUUGAACCAAGCACUCCUCCUCCCCCUCCCCAACCUCAACCUUCACAAUGCCAAGAAGAUACAUUUUACCAAACACUUGAAAUAAGAUUGCACCAUUCAGUCGGUAGUAUGAGUAUCAGUCCGACCUGUAGAGACGUUGUAUUAGCAGGUCGCCAAGGAUUGGUGAUUAUUGAUUUGGAAGAUCCAUGGUUACCUCCUCGUAUACUACCUCACAUGUCCAAGUGGGAAGUGGCCGAUGUUCAAUGGAGUCCUUAUGUAUCUCGAGAAUCAUGGGUGGCAUCUACAUCCAAUCAAAAGUUAAUUGUCUGGAACCUCAAUCAUUCUGGAUCUCAAGCAAUUGAACAUGUUCUUCACGCACACUCUAGAGCAAUUUCAGAUAUCAAUUGGUCGCCUCAUCAUCCAGAUAUUCUUGCAACUUGUUCUGUAGAUACUUAUGUACAUUUGUGGGAUCUUCGAUGUACAGGGCAAGGAUCUGAUGGAAAGGAUGAUCGUUCUGUUCGACCAGCCAAUUCAUUUACUCCUUGGAAUGCUGCGACAACCCAAGUGAAAUUUAAUCGGAAAAGCGAAUUUCUCUUGGCUUCAGCACACGAUAAAGACGUCAAGAUUUGGGAUAUCAGAAAAGGUGCUGUUCCAGUGACAAGUAUAACUGCACAUUCAAAGAAGAUCUAUGGUAUCGAUUGGAGUCGACAAAAUGACCAUGAUAUUGUUACAUGUAGUUUGGAUAAACUUGUCAAGUUUUGGAAUAUCAAUACACCUGAAAAAGAAGAAGAAGUCAUUUCAACAAACACUCCUGUGUGGAGAGCAAGAAACACACCAUUUGGAAACGGUGUCUUAAUGAUGCCUCAACGGACAGAGUCAAAGCUGUUUCUGUACAAUCGUGCGAGCCCUGAAAAACCAGUACAUGCUUUUGAAGGCCAUGUAGACUCAGUAAAGGAGUUUGUCUGGCGCUGGAAAGGUGGUAGCGGUAGUGAAGGAGAUGAGCGUGAAUUCCAGCUUGUUACAUGGUCAAAGGAUCAGAAUCUGAGACUUUGGCCUGUUUCAAAAGAUAUCAUGAAGUCUGUUGGUCACAAUCCAAGCCCUCGGAAAACAAUGUGUUCUGGUCCUAUUAACGAGAAACAGCAAGAUGGUCCUUACCAUCCUCAUUCAUUUCAACAAAUGCCCAAAGCAAAUCAAGACGACGAAGGACAUAAGGCAAUGCCAGCCUCAGUUGGUCCUCUUCGGUUGACACCCAACAGUCAUGCAACCACAAUGACUCCAUUUAGAGCAUCGGCGGCCACAAUCGGAAACUCUGGCUUUUCGGGUGGGUAUGACACGCUAUCCAAUGCAUACCGAGAGCAAAAAUAUGCCAUCAAUCCACUCCUUUGGAUGCAGAAUGUCAAGACAGUCGGGCCUGCAGGAGAACUUCGAAGAGGCGCAGCGACCGAGAAUACCUUCCAAACAGUUACAGGCGAGAUGUCUGCAGUCUUGAACAAGUACGCCAGUGCAGGUGUAAAGACAGAAAAAAUUAAUGCUGCUUCACGCACCUGCACUAUUUCCUUGCACGGACCUUGGUCAGACACACCCAAUGCAUUUUUGCGAAUCACUGUCAGAUUUCCUCCCCAGUAUCCAGACAAUAGCCCACCCGAAUUCGAAAUCCAAAAAAAUAGUAUGAUGUCAAUUUAUUAUCGUGCACAUAUGGCCCAAGAUCUCAAUGCACUUGCUUCCAGCUAUACGUCUCAAAAGAAAUGGUGUCUUGAGGCAUGUAUUCGAUACCUUCUUGGUGAAAGUUUCCAAGAAGACGGUGAUUUUAAUUUAACGGCACCUGAUGCGAUCGGAUCUGGCUUACCAGGACACAGCAACAAUGGCUCUGUUGCUUCAUUGACAAGUAGUCCCGGCCAAUCUGGUUAUAUUCCUAAUUGGAGUGGUCCAAACGCCGUGGAUAAUGGAGACUCGGAUGAUGAAAUAUUUGCUGGUCCUUCUUUUAUGAGUGGGCUUUCAGGUUACGGAGCUACAGGAAAACGUGUUAGCUUACAAAGCGAAAAACUAGUUGACAUGUCUUCCAAGCAAAGUGCGGACGAAACUGUUCCAUUUCCACGUCUUUGCGGUGGUGUAUUCUCUGGAAAUGGCAAAGAUUCGAAAAGAACAGCCCAAAAACAAAAACCGGUUGAACAAGAUACAACUGCAAGAAGCAACACAACGAAUGGCGAGUAUUUUGAAAAUACCUACAGCGAUUUCUAUAAGCACCCAAGAACAUAUGAACAGUUUGAAGAGUACAAGGAAAUUGCUGCCAUGUCGCGCCAAGGACGAAACGCUACUGUACUUGUGGCAGGAUCUGGGGGAGCAUUUGGAGAAUAUGCCUAUGAUGAAGAUCCUGAUGAGAUGGACGAUGGUUUAACCUCUAUGGCAUCAUUGUACUUUAAACCUGAUAGUUUUGCUCUUAGCCAUUCACUUGGAAAUAGAGACUCGUUAUUAUACCGUGGACCAAAAACAGAUCGAGUAACUUACAAUGUAGUCAUUGCAGACUUUACAGAUAUGAUGCCGUACAGCCCAUGGCUUGCAAAAGAAUAUAUACUUUCUGCCGAUGAUCCGGUAUCUGCCUGUAUUCACAAUGCAGAAGUUUGUAAAGCUCAUGACCGCCAUGAUCUUUUCAAAGUCUGGUCACUUGCUCUUGAGAUUUUGCGAGAAUGUGUUCCAUUGGAGGUGCCUGGUGAACAACAUGUUGCAGAAGACGGAAGUCUAGCUGUUGUCGGUCGACCUGAAGUUCAACUAAGCUGUAACGAUCAAGCAGUUCAGCGAGAUGCAAAGCUGGCCGAGCUGCGCUCGGUUCUGUACGCAAAUCGACAGCGUCAAUUAAACUCGAAAAAAGGAACUAAUGAAUUACCUUCAAAAAAUAUGACAAUAUCCAGACCAAAGCAGCGGGUCAAAUGGGGGAAGCACCCUCUAGGUCAAAAAUUAGCUGAUAAUUUGUUACAACACUUUAUCCUCAUUGGUGAUGUACAAACUGCGGCUAUGCUUUCUUGUAUCUUGAAAGAUACAACCAAAGAUUCUCAGAAAAUACCUCGUAUUUCAAGUCAAAAGAUGUUAGAUGUUCAGGCUAUGUCAGAUGAUGCUGUGCUCGACUACUUUUCUAUUAAAUCCCACACACCUCACAAUAACCGUGUGCGAGCUACUCUCCACAGGGCACACUCUGGUCCUCACACGCUUGCCAACUCUCCUAGUCGCGCAUCUGUGAAUCAAAUGAGUGCAUCCUAUGGAACGAGGGGGGUCAACUUGUUGACUUACUUUUGGCUCAGCGACCGCAACACGUCUCCUCAGCACCCACCAGAAAAGACAACAGACGGACAUGUGGAUGAACAUCACGACACAACACCACCCUCACCCCACCGUGUACAACGCACUCCUCAACCUUGGUAUCCUACUCUUAAACUCCCCAGCAACACUGCUCCAGGAAUUCGGCAUGCUGUGUCCAUGGCUAGUCUGACCGGGCCCCACCCUUCCGGUGGAAUGGCAACCAAAGAAGGAAGGAUAGUUCCUAGCAACACGAUGUCUAUUGAGUUUACCAACACCGAAACCUUUGAUGGUGAACGCUUCUUUCGCUUGGCACCAACUCCUAUACUUAAUCCACAGGGCGCUGCUCAGCGUGAUGUUCUCAGACUGGCCUAUGCAGAUAUGCUUUAUCGCUGGAGUUUACUCGAUCAGCGUGCAGAGCUUCUAAAGUUUAUGUCUGGGCCAAUCUUUCCUGAUGUGGAGAGAACUAUGGAAAUCAAUAUCCGUUGCUACUUCUGUAGCUCUGAGGUUUCUAGUAAAGACUUGGCUUGUAAUAAUUGCCGGAAGAUACGUAGCCAGAUUCGAUGCAGUCUGUGUCAUGUACUUGUACGAGGCCUGGUAAACUUUUGUAUAAAGUGUGGUCACGGUGGGCACAAUCACCACAUAAAACAAUGGUUUGAUAUGAACCAAUCAGUAUGUCCCACUGGAUGUGGUUGUUAUUGUCUAAUAGAGACUUUUGACUAUGGAUCAUUGACAACUGAAAUGUAAAUAAUUUAUUUUUCUUUUCUUUAAAAUAAUAAUAAAAUAAUUAAUUCGACU